AUGUUUCAAACUGCACUCCGUCGAGGAAAGAAAGCUGCUGCCACAGCUACAGUCGCACCUUCUAUAGUAGCUCCGACUAGUAGCAUUCCACCUUUGACCAAGGCAGCAGCAAGUACAGUUCCUACACCACCGGACCCAGCAACUUACGGCUUGUCUGGUUUUCCCCCUGCACAGCCUGGUCACUAUGUUUCCUUGCCUGCUGAUUUUUCUAACAGCUCUGCGCUCUCCUGGUUUGCGUCCCUUUUUUCUGGACUAGGUGAUGGCAGCACUCCUGCGUUCCCUGCUGGAAGUGGCUGCUCAAUGCCCAUGCCGUCAAACCCUGCUCCCACAAUGACGCCUGCAGAGAUGAAAGCACGAGUAGAAGCUUUUGAAAUGCUCACAAAAACUUCUCCAUUUCUCAUGCAGUACCAAUCCAAUAUGCCUUUGGUCAAUCCAUUCGAUCCACAAGCACCAUUACCUGCGCCCGGUACUAAUCCGAAUCCAAUGUCGUUAGCUGACGUUCCCAUCCCCAGUUUUCAAGAGAUGCUUACUGGUCCUGAUGCCAAACAGAAUGCACAACAGUUAAGUGAAUACAUGCGCAAACGAUUUGCUGCUCAAACGGCGAUGUAUGAGAAUCUUCCGCAAAGGUUUGAUGCCGCAGUCACCGCAGAUAAUCUAUCUAUUCCCCGCGCUGCAAGCUUACCUGCUCAGUCUAUAUCAGCGCCAAGCACACCAGCCACAGGUGCUGGAUCGGAA